CAUCAAGAAUGUCCGUCUAGACAAAUGCAUCCAUGCAAACAAUGAGAGCAUCAGAGUAUCUCUGGCUGACUGCAACCCAGAAUCUGAGCACCAGCAUUGGAGAUGGGACUUCCGCACAAAGUCCAUCAUCAGUCUUGCCACAAAGUGGUGCCUGAUGGUGCUUAAAGCAAAAGAGUUGGGGCACGUCAGACUGGGGCCCUGUGGCAACGGUCAACCUCAAGCAUGGGCCUGCAGCAAACGGGGUCACUUAACUCUAGAAGGUUUCAGCUUACACCUCAACGUAAGGCACAGGACACACAAAAUGUACGUGUCGAGUGAAAAAGGCAAAUCGAGCAAAUGGAGAACUAUGAAAGAAAAGUCUAUCUGUGGUGAAGCCAACCAUGACACACACCAACAAGAGAGUCCUCUCGAGGUGACGGUCUCAGAGCUACGUCAGACGGAAAGUUCUCUCGCCGAUGUUUCAGAAGCCCAGACAAGACAAACUGAACAAUCAACCCAAAUUUCUAGGACAAGUGCCGCAUCUUACACCACCUACCCUGUUUUUGAAGUCAUCACAUCAGCAAGAGAACAUGAUAGAACCGUGAGGAUCACCAGGACGGACGAUGGCUCUACCUGGAAAAUUGCCAUGCUGAUUCUGGGUUUUAUAGCACUGAUUCUGGGACUAAUCAUAUUGACACUGAACAUCAUUCACAAUAAGAAAAGGAAGAUGUUAAACAUCACAGAGAUCGCUGACUCAGGAGAUGAAAAAACAUCCUUGACAACCAGUCUGAAACUUCAGCACAAUAAAUCUCGUUCCCCAUCGUUAAGACAUGGGGAAAUAAUGAUCGAAUGGAAGGACGGCAAGAUAACGCCACUGUUUGAUAAUAACAAUUACUGCAGUGGCUAUUAGUAUGUUAGGUGUGUGUGGUUGCUGCAGUGCACUAUAAGAAUACACCUGGCAACUCUGAAGGAACUAUCGCUGAUCGAGUAUGUAUGUGUGGGCGGGGAUGGUGAUCAGAGACCCCAAAUUUUUAAUCUACUUGAGCUUUAUGCCCGUUUGUCAUGUUUGAAAAAUCUUAAGAACUGCGGAAAUUCAGCCUCCAAAUUAAGACUGAAUUUAAGAAAUUUCCAAAAUGUUUUGCACAGUUCCAGAUUUUAAGGCAAUGGUGUUACUGUUAGAACUAUGAAGCUUUUUAGAUUUUUUUCGUCUUCAAAUGUAGAAUCUCUACUGCCACCCUGAGUGAGACUAGCUAACUCAGCCAAAACAGCAUUAGCAAGUGAGACUUUUUUUAUGGCUCAGCUACUCACUGGGAAGACUCACUGAGACAUUGCGGGAGUUAUUUUUGAUACUCAGUAACAUGAUAAAAUGGUAAAAGAAAAUUGCAAUGACUGGAAAAUAGGAUAGUAAGCCUGUUUUAGAAAUUUGUGUUUGAAACACAAACUUAUUAUGCCUUUACUCCACAACUUUACAUUAUUGUUUGUACUCUCUUCCCCCCNACCACCACCCAACCCCCUCACAACAGUUAUG